CAAUGCGAGGGGGCUAGGGUUUUAGUGAGGGUUUAGAGAGCGCAGCGCAGGGAGGAGCGAUGGCGAUGAGAAGGUCGGGUGUCGUGGGGCGGCGUCUCCUGCAGAACGCGCUCCGCUACGAAGAGGAGAAGAGGGUGCUUUUUGGGCCUCUCGCGGCGCCUGGCAAGCUCUUCGCUCUGCGCGGCUUCAAAACCCUGGGCUACCUCAACGCGGAGAGGAGCUGGCCAAGUCCCGAUGACAGCGGCAGCGGCGCCACAGGCGCCACCGGUGGCGCGAGCACCGCCACUGGGCCGGUUGUCCCCGAAGGGAGCACGUCCAGCCGGGAACUUGAUGGUAGCAACGCGGCGGCUGGCAACACGGGUGGCGGUGCCGCUGGAGGGGUGGGGACUUACGGCUCCACUAGCAGCUGGUCCUCUAAGCCAGGCACCGGCAAGACGUGGCCCAACCCGAAUGCUCCCAGGGACAUUCCCACCUACACCCCCAGCUCCUACAGCAGCAGCUCCAAGGGUGGUGGUAAGCUGUGGGACAAUCCCAAUGGCCUCCCCUACUGGGACUCCAAGUGGGAUGAUCCCACCAAGCCGGAGCUGAGGGCCAAGGGAUGGACGUGGGAUCCUAACCCGGCAAACUCCCACAUGGGCACCUGGCCUGCCGAUCAGCCACCUCCCAACCGGAGCCCGCUUGGCUUCUCUACUCCCAGGGGUGGCGGUGGCUCUUGGGACCGAGGGCCGAGGAGUAACUUUGGCGGCGGCGGCGGUGGCGGCUUUGGCGGUGGUGGCGGUGGCAACUUCAACCAGGGUGCCGGAGGGGGCCAGGGCUUCCCACAGGGUGGCGGUGGUGGUGGCUUCCCGCAGGGUGGUGGUGCUCCGGGCAACUUCCCGCAGGGUGGUGGUGCUCCGGGCAACUUCCCGCAGGGUGGUGGCCAAGGCGGUAGUUUCCAGCAGCAAGGGGCGGGAGGUGGUUUCCAGGGUAAUCAAGGCGGUGGUAACUUCCCAGGCAAUCAGGGUGGUGGUAACAUCCCAGGGAAUCAGGGCGGCGCUGGCGGCGGUAACUUCCCGGGUGGCGGAGCUGGAGGCAACUUUCCGGGACAGGGAGGGCAAGGAGGUCAAGGCGGCGGUGGUAACUUCCAAGGAGGCGGUGGAGGUGGUGGCGGCUUUCCGGGUGGCAGAUAGAUAUGUUUAGCUAAGAUAUAUGUGUGUUUGCCCUGUGGUUUGCUUUUAUUCAACGCGUACACACUUAGUUUA